ACAGGCGGAGGAGCAGCUCCAGGUGUCUCCCCGACCUCCUCGACCGUCGCUUCCGAGGAGAAGAAGUUACAAAGGACACACAUCUGGUUCAGAAACUAAUUUCCUUUUUGUUUGUGUGUGUUGGCUUCACUGGGGGCUGAGAAGAUGAGCGCUGGAGCUCUGAGGACUGCGCGCAAUGGACCAGAGGACGACCAGACUGACGAGCGGUGCAGGCGGCUCAGACUCGCCCUACAAGGUCAGGAUCAGGCGGGAUACAGCAGCAAGGAGAGCAGCAUCGCAGUUGUGCUGCCACAGAAACCAGAGGAGAAGGAGAAGACGCCUGAACUCAUCACCCCCACAGACGAAAAAGUCGAAGUCAUCAAGGUUUACCUCGAAUCCCGUCCAGAGGCAGCAGAGAGCGUCAGGAUGCUGACGGACGAAGUGUCACAGAUUCAGGAGGUGAGGUACUGUCUGAAGACCCUCAGAGAGCAGAUGGCAGCCAGGCAGAGCAGCAACAACAACAAGUAUCCAGUCAAUGGCUUCAGAGUCAACGUGCGCAACAGCCAAACAUCUGUCACCAACGGCAACGCUGUCCUCAUCGAUUCGGACUCUAGCGUGGAGGACGACCAGGAGGAGAGCGCCCGGCUCAGGAAGGCCACCGGCCGGUUUUACGCACAGCUGACGGAGAUGGAGAAGCGGCAUCAGGAGGAGAGAGAGAGACUGCAGGCGGAGUCGGCUGAGUAUCGCCUCCGUCUGGCUGAGCAGUCGGAGCGGCUGCAGAAGGCGGAAGAGCGGUCGGAGGAGAGGGAUCAGCAGGUGGAGGAGCUGCAGAGGCUGCUGGGGGGCAUGGAGGUCGAGAGCGGCACCCUCAAAGAGAAGCUGGCUGCAGGGGAGGCGGAGCUGCUGCAGCUGAAGUUACAGAGAGAGGAUGGGGAGGAGAGUGAGAAAAGGUGUGCUGAGCUGGAGAAGGAGGUGGCCGUCCUGAAGGAGAAGAUCCAUCACCUGGACGACAUGUUGAAGAGUCAGCAGAGGAAAGUCCGCCACAUGAUUGAACAGCUGCAGAACUCCCGGACCGUCCUCCAGGAGAGAGACCGAGUCAUCAGGGAUCUGGAGGAGCGGGUGGCGUUCCUGGAAGCCGAGAACAGAGAAAUGCAUGACCACAUGGAGUACUUCCUGGCAGGCCAGGAGCCUCCACCUCUGUCUCCUGAGAACAAGCCAGAGGUUGUCUACAGCAAAACGCUGACGCCGACGUCACAGACCAACAAAGCCCUCCCGUUCAUCAAAGUCAUCGAGAUCAAAUCCUGAAUGGCGCAACUACCAAAGGAAUGACCAGAAGUAAAAACUGUGUAAAUAUAUGUGUAACCAGCCACCAGUAUACAUAAAGUAGACCUGCAGUGAGCAAAAAAAAGAAAAACACAAAGCCUCUUUUAACAGAUCUCAUGCACGUUGGUCUCCUGUUAGAACCUUGUAGUUACUUUUAAUGCUGUUCAACAUCCCUUUUCUCAGCGAAAAACAGUUAUCUGGGAGAAAUCCUAAAAAGGACACAAGGAAAAAGCAAUGCAAAGAAUUUUACUGAACAUCUUCGAUGUUACAUGGACACAGAUCUGUGUACUUUCUCAGCAUGUCUUCAGGAUGCAGUGGCAGUAGCAAGAGUCCAGUACUAAUCCCUGCUGGACCCCGGUUCUGCAGAAUCUGAAUAAGCUGUUUCACCAAGUCAGUGUACAAAGAAAGUCAGUUACAAAUUCCUAUUGUUAUUAUUAUUAUUAUUAUUAUUAAAUGUGCAAAUAAUCACGAUGUGUUCAGCGAUCGCGGGUUGUUUUCAACCGACGGCCUCCUGGACGUCAGUCCUUCAGGGUUCAGGGUCAGAUUCCUCAGUGCUUUGCACCACAUUGCCAAUAGCAGGCAUGCAGUUAGCUGCGUCAAGGUCGAAACAUGACUUAUGUUGAACUUAAAUAGAUUUUUCGCUGUCAUUAGAGCAGGUUAAACAUACAAGAGUGAAAAAGUUACUUAUAUAUUCUACCGUCUUUGCGUAGUGCUGGCGAAUGCUUUCUAGAGGCUCUUUAACUUCUCGUCUUCUCUGCCAAGUGUUGCCUCAACGUGCUCGUUGUAUUUUCUGUUUGCGUGUAAAGGCUGCAUAUUUAAAAACGCUGAUUUAACUCAUAAUCUUACGUAAUCAUUUGUUGUUUGUGUGGACUUUCUUUCUUUCUUUCUGUAAAAUACCAGGAUGAACAUUUUUAUAACGUUACCAUUUACUGUGAACAUUGUAGAUAGAUACACUGAAGUUCAUUCUUUGUCCUGUUAUUGUAGACUUUGUCCAGUUUUAUUUAAGUCUAAUAAAAGAAAAAACUUGUUUUAA